AUGAAUAAUAUUUAUUUAAAUAAUUAUCAACCGAAUCAAAUUCAACAAAGACUACAACAACAACAACAAAUUCCACAAGAAUAUAGACUAAUUAAUUUUAUCAAUAAUUCUGGUGUAGAAAUCUAUUGUGAUGCACCUUCAUUCUCUGAUGAAUUUAAUAUUAACAAUUUAUUAAACCCUGGUGGAAAUGGAUUUUUGGCGGCUUCCUUUAUUAAGCCACCAAUUGAUAUAACAAUUUCUUUCCCGUAUGCUAUUGAUUUGGAUAGGAUUGGUAUAUUGUGUAAGGUUGGGACAUGUGUUUCACAAUCGAUUUCAUUCUAUAUGUCUGAAUAUUCAAUGAAUGAAUUAACAACGAUUAGUAAUAAAAUUGGUAAAAAUAAUGUAAGAGCAUUAUCACAAUCAUCUGGUAGUCAACAACAUAAUCAAUACCAAAACCAACCACCAAUGCAAUUUCAACAAAAUAUACAACAACAACAACAACAACAACAACAACAACAACAACUUUUGUCACAAUCAUUACCAUCAUUUCACCAACAACCAUCCACAACAUCAUUAUUAGGUGUUAAUAAUCAUCAUGCAGAUUUAUCAGUAAUUGAAAGAUAUCCAACCAAAAUGAAUCAUCAAAACCUUGGUGUUGGUAAUAUUGGUGGUGUUGGUUUUGGAAAACAAAAUCCAUUAGUUAAUCCAUCUUUUUCAAACUCUACUUCCUCUUCUUCCUCUUCCCCUUUCUCAACUUCCCCGUCAAGAGUAAUGUUAACACAAUCAUUAGGCAAUACUAUUAAUAAUAUUAAUAAUAAUAAUAAUAAUAAUAAUAAUAAUAAUAAUAAUAAUAAUAAUAAUAAUCAAACAAAUGUUACAAAUUUUAAUAAUCAAAUUGAUCAACAAAGUAAAAUUAUUCAACAAAAAUAUAUACAUGAACAAUUUAAAUUCAUUGGAUCACUACAUGAUUUACAUAUACAAGAUAACUAUUAUAAAUAUAUUUGUGGUAAAAAUAGUAAUAAUAAUAAUAAUAAUAAUAAUAUUCCAAUAGAGAUUACAAAUAAAAUUAUUGAUCCGAAUAAUCAAAUUAAAACAUUUAAUUCAAAUAUACAUUUAUUGAGUAGAGUGAAAAGUAUUAGAAUUAGGGUAACCAGUGUAUCAAAGUCAAGUUGUGCUGCUUUGGGUGCAAUUGAAUUAUGGGGCCAACCUUCAUUUUCAACAAAUAGAGAUUUAAUUCAAUUCAUUUAUAAUGAUAAUUUAAAUAAUAUAAAGAAUGGCUUCAAAUUAACACCUGAACAAUUUGGACACUAUUUCAAUAAUGGUGAACAAACAUCAUCCCUUUUGUUAAAUCAAUAUUUAGAGACACAAAGACAACAACUACCACAUACACAACAUGAUCAUUCAUCAAAUAGUAGUAGUAGUAUGUCAAUUAAUAGUGGCUAUAGUAAUGGUGGUGGUGGUGGUGGUGGUGGUGGUUUAUUUAGUAGUAAUAAUGUUGAUUGGUUAAAUAAUAAUAAUAGUAAUAGUAGCAAUAGUAAAAAUAAUAUGCAAAUAUCAAAUAAAAACUCAUUCAAUUUACUAAUACCAUCACAUAUGAUUUCAAAAGAUGAAAUGUUUGUCGACCAAAAUAUGAUGUCAGAUGAUUAUGAAGAAGAGGAUGACAUUGGCAGUGGUGGUGGUGGUGGUGGUGGUGGUGAAUUCUUCACGGAUGAAGAUGAUGAAGAUUUUAAAAGAAAUAAUCCAGAGAUUGUUUUCAAUGAGGCUGGUAUACCUACAACGUUUUUAGAUCCAAUCACUUUGAAAAUGAUGAGUGAUCCUGUAACACUACCAAGUGGAUAUAUCGUUGAUAGAUCAACCAUUCAAAAACAUUUUAGAAACCAAUAUUUCACUGAUCCAUACAGCGGCAAACCUAUAACACCCUCUGAUAUUCAAACCAAUCAUUUACUAUGUGCUAAAAUUAAACAAUUUAAAGAUCAUGGUAAAAGAAAAAGAGUUUUAAAAUCAAAUUCUUCAAUAUUUAAAAAACAAUUGGAAUUGGAUAUGUUACCUCAAAUUCCAAAAUUUAAUAAUAAUAAUAAUAAUAAUAAUAAUAAUAAUAAUAAUAAUAACAAUGAUAAUUUUAAAUUAAAUAGUAAUAAUACUCUUAUAAAUAAUAAUAAUAAUUUUAAUAAUACAGUAACAAUGGCAUCAUCAAGUUUCAAUGUAUAUAAUAAAAGUAAUAAUAGUUUAAAUAGUAGUGGAUUCUUAUUUGUAAAUAGUAAAGAGAAUCCAAUUACUUUAGAUGAAAAUGAUGGUGAAAUGUCAAUAACCGCAUCAAAUUCUAAACCUUCUUUACUCAAAAUUGUAUCACAGGACUCAUUUAUUGAACUACCUGUUAAAAAGCAUAGGAGAUAA